AUGGCAGCCAUGCAAAAAUUGCUGCUGCUAGCGUACGCCGUCGCCGCGGAGCGCAUCAGUGCCAACGACGUCAAAGACGCGGACACCUGGGAUGCGGACCGAGAACACGUCUACAAGAAACUUGUCAAAAGCCAUAUCCAGCAGCGCGCCAUACAUAGAGAGGGCGUUGGUGUCAUGUACGCGGCGGCCGGCUCGCCGGAAUUUGUGAGAAGGGAGGUUUUACCGACGGUGGACUACCUCAAACAAUUAGGGAUCGCCGACGCGCGAGGCGCCCACGCGUCAGUGAGAAAGCACGGCUUCGCACUCUUCACGGAACGCGUCCUGGUCAAUGAACUUACGAGUACAGAAAAGGAGACCCUAUCGAAUUUUUUUGAUCGCAUUUUACUGUACGAGGACUGGUCCCUCGUUACAACCAAAAGGCUACCGCUGAAAACAAGAGCCAAGUUGGUCAAGGUCCACGCGAUGGCCUCAAGUCCUUUCAGUACAACGAUCUUCAUGGACUUUGAUAGCAGACCUUGUUCUGCUUCGUUCCUAGAGAGAUUACUCUUAGUGGGCAACGGCGUGGAUGUCGCACUGACCAAUAAAUUCGACGGCCAGGAAUCACAUCGAGACCAUCUCAAACUAGAACACAACUCCGCGCUGAUCGUUCUCGAUAGUACGUCGCCUCGUACUCAGCAAUUCCUGGGGUUCUAUGUGGACGCGUUCAUGAGGUUGUACGAGCGUACUGGCGAAUCGCGGGACCAGCCGUCGUUGACCAUCGCUCUCAGGAGAGCCGUUGAAAGUGUAUCCUUAAACCAUGCGGACCUCGCUUCGGAUUUGUUCUGCCGCUCGAAGAUUUCCGAUGUCGUGUCUUGUGACGCGGGCUGUGCGUUAGUCCACAAACCCCAAAAACACGACCUGUCCUUCAAAACUUUUGCACUGUCGGCUUCCAAAGCGGGCGGUGAGCGCAUAGCGAUGAUGCUGGAUGCGUUGAAACUGGAGCCGAGGUGCGACGUCAAAGCCCGCUUGACUGCGUUUGAUGAUUAUGCUAGAAGCUUAGACAGUACCAAAGCUCUAGAAAUAGCUCAUGACUACAGGACGUUCUACGACGCGCCCUGGAACGCCGGGUCGUUGUAUGAGGAGUUGGCUAUGCGUUACCCGCGGGCGCGCUUCGUGCUGACCGUGCGAGAUUCAUCGGCGUGGUGGGACGAUGUCGAGCGGGAGCUCUCUUGUUCUACAGUCAAGCAGCGUACUUCCUACGAGAGAGCGAACGGCCUCGGUCCGCUGGAUCGGGAGGCGUGGAUUCAGGCGUAUGAACAGCGAAAUACAGAUAUAGUGGCCUUCUUCGCAUCUAGAAACGAGGCGCAUCGAUUGCUCGUUCUACAAGAUCUGGACACGGCGCCUCCAAAAAAGACGUGGGAGGCCCUCUGCAACUUCCUGGAGGCGUGGUCGACGUGCCCUUCGAAUCGCAUCAUCCCUCGGACGCGCGUGAAAACGCGAAAGUGCGACGUGAAGCCCGUCGUCGUCGAGGAGGAGCACCCGCCGACGCCGCCGCCAUUGUCUUCGACGGAGCUAUCGGUACGCGUCCGGCGUCCACUGCCUUCGACGGCGCGUCGCGUCGAUGGCGUAUCAGGUCUCGUGGAUGCCCCCCCACGCCGUCGCCGCGACGCGUCGACGUCGCAGGUCCUGGAGCGCUACAAGGCUAAAGUAAGAGCCCACCUCGCCCAACAAAAGGCGCCCGAUACCAAACCCCCGAAGCCGCCGAAGCGCGUCCACAAGGUCUUGACGAGUGCCGAGAGGAAGAGGCUGAGGAGGGCCUACCCGUCGUCCCACGCGCCGAAGUGGCACCCUUUGUGUGAACCGAAGCAUCCCCGCGGCGUCUUGUAUAACCGCAUCCCGAAAUCUGGUUCGGCGUCGAUCAUGUCGUGGAUGAGCGGCCAAUUGAACGAGACGGUUCUGCGCUGUGUGGAAAUCAACCAGUGUGUCGGGUGCACUACGCCAUUUCUCGGCAAUGACGCGGCCGUGCUGGCCCCGUCGAGCGGUGAUGAACCGACGCCGCCACGCCAUCGAGCAGGCGUGAAAUUUUGA